CUCUACGUUCACACUGCAGCUCUGGUUUCGUCUCGGUUUCGUCCCGGUUUCAGCCCGGUUUCAACCCGGUUAAAGGCUCCAGGACUCCGGGUCCAGAUGUCGGACGGUCCGCGGACUCCGGGAUCCUCCAGCUGCUGCGGAGCGGCUGUGAAGGUGGAGUCAGGUCCAGGCGAGUCCCUGAUGGUGUCUCAAAUCGCAGAGCUUCACUUCCUGCGUUCACGUGUUCAUGAGCUGGAGCGAGAAAAGGCGGAGCUAACAAAUGAAAACCAGAGACUGAAGAACAUGUUGGUCAGCGAAAUCCCUGGGCUCCUCUCCACCAUGUGGCAGACUCUGGGUCAGGGCAAUGGUCACCAGUCUGCCUCCAUGGCAACGAAUGACAGUUACGCCCUGCACGUCCAUCAACACCUGCCGACCCAUCAAGACGUAGAGUUCAGCCCCCAAGGCCCUGCCCACCACCUGGGUCAGGACAAGGUAUCAGAAUUCUGCGUCCCACUGGAAGACCAAGAGGACCUAGGAGGACCAGACCUGAUCCUGCAGGACCCAGGAGGACCGGACCUGGAUCUUGGGAGUCACAUGGGGCAGGAGGCGCCACACUGCAGCCAGACCGACAUGGAUGAGCUGAGGAGGAGCUGCUCCGAGAGCCAGUGCACCAGCGGCGGGGCCAAGGUGAGCCAGGUGGAGGUCUACCCAGGGUCUGGGGUUCUCUGUGACUUCCGCACAUGGCACGCUGCCAAUCAGGCACAGUCUCCCACAGCGAUGGCGCGGACUCUGCUGCUGGGCGUUUUUGAUAUGAACACACUGAUCAGCAGUAACCUGAGAGGGGGGCGGAGCCGGCGGCCGACCUUCCAGCCUCAACGGAAUGCACUCGACCCACACAAGAUCAACGCCAUCUUCAACGCCAUCUUGGCUCGGUUUCCUCUCGCCAGGAAAGGCGUCAUCGGCUCUGGGAUCAACUCCAAACUGUCUGAGAUGCGUUUCCGCUCUCGUAAAGCCAACCGCGACCCCAGGUUCCUCUGAGCGACCGCGACAUUCGACGCUCAUGUGACUGAUGGCCACGACAACCAGUUUACCUCCAUCAGAUCAGCUGACUGCUGAGGCCCCGCCCACAGGGUCAGAACUGGUCGUUUGGGUACAGUAUGGCCAGUCCACCACUAGAAGGACAUUGUACUUAUGCAGUUAUGAUGCAUCAGACCAAGUCUACAACACGCCCUGCCUCAGUUUAAAUGGUUAAUGUGAAUAAUGAUUUUGAGCAUGUGUGUAGCUUCGUGUGUUUGGUCGUGUUUUGUAACUUGUCUUUCACGUGUAUUUAGAUCUGACAGUUAAUGAAUUUAUUUCUGGAUGAAGUUUUGAUGGUGUUUAAGGUAGUUUGUGUCAUGUAGUGUGCAGUAUUUAGUCCAUCCUCAAAGGCACAGGACUUUAAUGACUAACUGUGGCUGUAAUGUUAGCUAUUAGCAUUAGCCCCCUACCCCUGGAAGACCCUCCCUCAACCCUCAGGUCAGUCAUUCCUCUGUCCUUCACCCCCCCCCCCCCCCCCAGGUCAUGGAUGUUUUAUUAGGACUGAGCAUGGUGCCUGAUCUGGUGUCCACAGUGUGUAACUACUGGUCUGACCAGGUGAUCUAGAUGAUCCAGGUGAUCUAGAUGAUCCAGGUGAUCCAAGUGUUUGGUGUCAUAGUGUUAAAUCCUUCUUAUUGGAUUUACAGUGGUACUCUAGAAACAUCAUUAAGACGCAGUGCCAUGAUGUGAUGACUAUGACAAAGCAUUGGCUGUGAUCAGUUGAUCACAUUCAGUAGAAGACGGAACUAAUGAGUCUAUUUUAUUAGAACGUUCCAAGAUGGAGAGACAUAGAAGUGGGAGAAGAAACUGAAACAUCAGAUUGUGUUGGUGCUUUCGUGUGUCAUGUCCAGACCCGUAUCCACUGGAUCCACUGGAUCUGCUCGUUAUUUUGCAGUUUACGGCUGGUUUCAGCCUAGAGGAGCAUUAGCGCCCCCCCCAGUGGACCAGAGUCGCCACAGUCCGGUUCAGGCUCAUUGGUUCCACCAGGGGGCCUCAUAGACUCAGGGUCGAUGGUCAGUUUCAGUUUCAGGCCUCGGUCUGUUUUACAUUUGAACUGUUCAUUGUGUCUAUAAAUGUGUCCGUUCUUCAUCACAGUAAAAGACAGAAACUUGAAAGAGGCUUAAAUAAAGGUUUCAAUGAAUGAA